GCGUCUGCCCUGAGUGACAGACCCAGAGGUCCUCCUCUUCCUCCUGCCUUCCACCCGGUCCACAUCUCAGCUGUUCCGUGCGCUCGGCCUCUGAAGGUUAGGUCUGGAUCUAGUUUUUCCCACCCAGCCCGGUCUGUGUAACUCCUUCACUUUCACACCUCAUAUCAUGGCGGAGGGAGUGCGUCCCGAAGAUUACUGCGACGAGCCGGUGGAGGACGAGUUUGGAGAAAUCAUUAAGUGUCGAUCUGAUGAAAGAGAAGAUGUUCAAAAGAAGACUUUCACAAAAUGGGUAAACUCACAGUUGGCAAAGACAGGAAAACCGCCUGUAGAGGAUCUGUUCGCAGACCUGUGUGAUGGACGACGCCUGCUGGAGCUGCUGGAGGGGCUGACAGGACAUCAGCUGGUGAGAUUGGAAAGAGGCUUCACGCGUGUUCACUCUCUUAACAAUGUCAACCGUGCUCUGCAGAUCUUGCAGAAGAAUAAUGUGGAUUUGGUGAAUAUUGGAGCAGGAGACAUCGUUGAUGGGAAUCACAAACUGAUUCUUGGGCUCAUCUGGAGCAUUAUUCUCCACUGGCAGGUAAAGGAUGUGAUGAAGGAUGUGAUGGCGGACCUACAGCAGACCAACAGUGAAAAGAUUCUGCUGAGCUGGGUUCGUCAGAACACACGACACUACCCACAGGUCAACGUGGUGAACUUCUCCAGCAGCUGGAAUGAUGGCCUGGCUUUCAACGCCCUCAUCCACAGCCACAGGCCCGAGCUGUUUGACUGGAGCUCCGUGGAGAAGAAAUCCAUGAUCGAUAGGCUGGAGUAUGCCUUCAGCAAGGCCGAGGAGCAUCUGGGGAUAGACAGACUGCUGGACCCCGAGGAUGUGGCGGUUUCUCACCCUGACAAGAAGAGCAUCAUCAUGUACGUGACGUCACUCUUCCAGGUGCUUCCCCAAAUCGUUUCCAUGGAAGCCAUUCAGGAAGUGGAGACGCUGCCGGCAGCUAGUGCCGCCAAUGUUAAACGAGUCACAACGGAGGAGCACUACCAGAUCCAGACCCAGCAGCGCUUCUCCCAACAGAUCACAGUGAAUGUGGCUCAGGGGCGAGUGCAGAGCCCCUCUCCUCAGCCUCGUUAUAAAAGCUAUGCCUUCACCCAGGCUGCAUAUGUCAAGUCGCCAGAGCAAAAGAGGAGGCGUUUUACUGAUCAGCUGCUGAAUCCCAACCAGGAGGAGCUGCAGCGGGGCCUCAGCCCUCUGCCUCCAGGCUCCACCAGCCUGGAGAGCUACCAGGCCUCGCUGGAGGAGGUGCUGACGUGGCUGCUGUCGGCUGAGGACGGCCUUCAGGCCCAGCCCCCCAUUUCCAGCCAUGUGGAGGAGGUGAAGGAGCAGUUCCACACACAUGAGGGUUACAUGGUGGAGUUGACGACACAUCAGGGUAGCGUUGGGCGGGUCCUCCGGGCUGGUGCUGCCCUGCUGAGGGAGGGAAACCUGAGUGAAGAGGAGGACUCAGAAGUCAGGGAGCAGAUGAACCUCCUGAACUCGCGGUGGGAACACUUGAGAGUGGCCAGCAUGGAGAGACAGAGCAGACUCCAUGAGGUCCUUAUGGACCUGCAGCAUCAGCAGCUUCAGCAGCUCACCGACUGGUUAGACAAAACAGAGACACGCAUCAAGAGGAUUGGAUCUCAGCCACUUGGUCCUGACCUGGAAGAUAUCAAGCACCAAGUGGAGGAACACAAGCUCCUUCAGGAGGAUCUGGAGCUGGAACAGGUGAGGGUUAACUCCCUGACCCAUAUGGUGGUGGUGGUGGAUGAGAACAGUGGAGACAGCGCCACUGCUGCCUUGGAGAGCAAGCUUCAGGUCCUCGGCGACCGCUGGGCGGCGAUCUGCAGAUGGACAGAGGAACGCUGGAUUUUACUUCAGGAGAUUCUGUUGAAAUGGCAGCACUUUACAAACGAACAGAUUUUAUUUGACUCCUGGCUAACUCAAAAGGAGGAGCUAGUUCGUUCCAUCAAGACCUCCAACCUGAAGGACCAGGAGGACAUAAAUGCCUGUUUGCGUCGUCUUGCUGCGGUGAAAGCCGAAUUGGAGGCGAAACAUCCCACGAUGGACAAGCUGUGCUCCAUAAGCCAGGACCUGCUGUCCAGUGUCAAGAACAAAGAUGUUGCCAACAAACUGGAGGCCAGACUGGAAAACUUUGCCCAGCGCUGGGACUGCCUGCUCCAGAAUCUGGAGAUGAACAUCUCCCAGCUGUCGUCAUCUGCCAGCGUGGCCAAGCAGUCGGAGCUUACCCACUCUGUCAAAGCAACCGUGACCAAGGUGACGACCAGGGAGAAGGUGUCAGCUCUACGGCUCACGCGCGAGUCACCGCCACCACAGAAGAAGAGACAAGUGGUUGUGGAUUCUGAGCUCAGGAAAAGGUUUGACGUCGACUUCACAGAAGUCCACAGCUACAUGACUCGAGGCGAGGCGAUCCUCCAGAGCCCCGAGUUCUCCGUGUCACGCAAGGACGGCAGCAUUCAGGAACUAUACGACAAAGUGCAGGCCAUCGACAGAGAGCGGCCGGAGAAGUACAGGAAGCUCCAGGAGGCGACGCGCACGGCGCAGACCCUCGUCGAGCAGGAGGGAACCCGUGCUGAAGACAUUGCUCAGGCAGCGGACCAGCUGAACCAGCGCUGGCUGGGAUUCUGUGCCCUGUUAGCAGACAGGCUAGCGUGGCUAGCUUACCAGACAAAGGUGCUGGCCUUUUACAGCUUGUUUGAGCAGUGUGAGCAGGGGGUGGACACCAGUGAGAACUGGCUCAAAGUCCAGGCCCCUCCAGCGUCAGAGCCAGAACCGCUGAAGGUCCAACUGGAUCGAUGUCGAGAAGAGGUGGGCCGGCUGUCCUCCCUCCAGCCCCAGGUGGACUUACUGGAAACUCGGCUACAGGAGCUGAAGGAGGAGAAGGAAGGGGACGAGGACCCUUCAGCCUUUCUGGAUGCUGACAUCAGUGCCUUCAAAGAACAUUACUACAAGGUCCUGGAGGACCUGCGGGCAAGAGAGAGGCAGCUACAACGAGUUUUGGAAAGUUUGCCUCCAGCGAGAUAUAAGGAGACCAUAGCGACACUGUUGGCAUGGUUACAGCAGUGUGAAGCCAAACUGGCCAUCCCAUCAGCAGCUGUUGCAGAGUACCCUGUCAUGGAGCAGAGGCUGAAGGAUGUUCAGGCUCUCCAGCUGGCUCUGGCUGAGCACCAAGGGGAGGUUGACUACCUGACCUCAGCCGUUGAGCAGGUCUUUCAGAAAGCGCCACCAGACAUCAGCCAGAAGUAUCGCACAGAGAUGGACGCCAUCAUGGCUCGUUGGAGACGACUGGGCUCCACACUGACGGACAACGCUACGAGAAUCCAGGAGCUCAUGGCCAAACUGAUGCAGUUUGAGAAUGAUGUCAAGACUUUGAAGAAAUGGAUGGCGGAUGUGGACGUCUUCCUGAAUGAGGAGUGGCCGGCUCUGGGAGACUCUGAAGCGCUGGAGAAACAGCUGGAGCAGUGCACAGCUCUGGUGAACGACAUCCACACCAUCCAGCCCAGCGUCAACGGCAUCAACGAAGUGGGCCUGUACCUCAAGAAGGAGGCCGAGCCUCCGUUUGCCGUCCACAUCCAGAAAGAGCUGGAUGAGCUCAACGCUCAGUGGGAAAACAUCUGCAAACAGGCCUAUGCGAAGAAGUCGGCUCUAAAAGGAGGGCUUGAUAAGACCAUGGCGCUGAGGAAGGAGAUGCAGGAGAUGCAGGAGUGGAUUAACCAGGCUGAAGAAGACUACCUGGAGAGAGACUUCACCUACAAGACGCCUGAAGAGCUACGAAAGGCUGUGGAGGAGCUGAAGAGGGCCCAGGAAGAGGUCCACUCCAAGGAGCUGAAGGUCAAACUUCUGACGGACAGCGUGAACAGUUUCAUCGGCAAAGCCCCUCCCACAGCCCAUGAUGCUUUGCGCUCAGAGCUGGACAUACUGACAGCCAACUACCAGCGCCUGUGUAGUCGUCUGGAUGGGAAAUGUAAAACACUGGAGGAGGUGUGGGCAUGCUGGUGCGAGCUGCUGUCCUACUUAGAGCAGGAGAACGCCUUCCUGGACCAGCUGGAGCAGAAACUGGAUGAGACGGAAAACCUGCAGGGAGGAGCAGAGGAGCUGCAGGAGGCGCUGGAUAGCCUUAACGUUCUUCUGCAACACCCAGAGGACAACCGGAACCAGAUCAGAGAGCUGGCCCAGACACUGAUGGACGGAGGUGUUCUGGAUGAGCUGAUUCAGCAAAAAUUGGACGCAUUCAACACCCGAUGGGAUGAGCUCAUGGCGAGGGCUGCACUCAGGCAAAGGGAGCUGGAGAAGGGCGUCCAGUGGGCUCAAGAGAAUGACAAGGCCCUCAGACAGAUCCAGGACUCGCUGGCCAACACAGACCGCCACCUCACCGCGUACCUGGCUGACCACGUCGAUGCCCAGCAGAUCCCACAGGAGGCUCAGAAAAUCCAGACGGAGCUGAAUGGACAUGAAGCGACGCUGGAGGACAUGAGGAAGAAGAACCAGGACAAAGAGGCUUCACAGAGGAUCAUGGGACAGAUUGACUUGACUCAGAAAAUGCUGGCGGACGUGUGGACGAAGUUCCGUCUCUUCCAGAAGCCGGCCAACUUCGACUCCCGGCUGUCGGAGUGCGAGCGCGUGCUGGCAGGCGUGAAAAGUCAGGUGGGGCUGCUGGACAUCGGCAGCGUGGAGCAGGAUGUGGUGCAGUCCCAGCUGGAGCAGUGCAUGAAGCUGUACAAGGUGCUGAGCGAGGUGAAGGGCGAGGUGGAGACGGUGAUUAAAACAGGAAGGCAGAUUGUCCAGAGGCAGCAGACGGAGCAGCCCAAGGAGCUGGACGACAGAGUUACGGCCCUGAAACUGCUCUACAACCAGCUGGGAUCGCAGGUGACGGAAAGUAAGCUGGAGCUGGAGAAGAGCCUGAAGCUGGCGAAGAAGCUGCGAAAGGAGCUGAACGGGCUGACGGAGUGGCUCGCGGCCACGGACGCGGAGCUGACCAGGCGCUCCGCCGUGGAGGGCAUGCCCAGCGACCUGGAGGCCGAGGUGGCCUGGGCGCAGUCCGUCCAUGCGGAGAAGGAGCGGCGGCAGCCUCAGCUGCAGGCGGUGGUGGACCUGGCCGAGGCCCUGAAGGCGGUGCUGCGGGGCCAUGGCGGCCUGGUGGACGACAAAGUCAGCCUGCUGCGCUGCAACUGGAUCGCCGUCACGUCCAGAGCAGAGGAGUGGCUCAACCUGCUGCUGGACUACCAGCAGCAGAUGCAGAAGCUCGAUGGAGAGAUGAAGGAAGUGAAUGGAUGGAUAGACGGAGCGGAGAAGAAGAUGGAUGAGAUCGACAGCCAGGGACCGAACGACGCCGUCCUGAAGGUGUUGCGUGCCGAGCUGGAGCUGACCAGAGGGAAGAUGGAGGACCUGAGGGAUCUGGCCCAGGAGCUGAUGUCCACCAGGGGGGAGAACUGCCAGGCCCAGGUGGGACCCAAGGUGGAGCAGCUCAACCAGAGAUUCCACAUCAUCUCCCAGCGCAUCACCUCCGGACUGACGGCUGCGACGGCCGCGGAGCUGGAGCAGUACCACCGGGAGGCCCAGGUCUGGCUGGAGCUCCUGGAAGAGGAGGCCAAACAGGGGGAGAACCUGAAGGAGGAGGACUUCCAGGAGAACAAGAGCUGUGAGGAGGACGCGGUGAAGGAGUUACUGCUGAAAGGAGAAACUCUGCAGAAGAGAGCGCCGGAUGCAGACAACCGAGAGCAGAUCAGACGGAAACAGAGCCAGCUCAGCAGCAAGUACAACGCUGUGAAGGACCUGCGUUUACUCAGGAACAGGAAGGCGUUGGCCAUUGCUCCCCAGUGGUACCAGUACAAGAGGAAGUCACAUGACCUGCUGGCCUGGCUGGACGACAUCCAGCGCAGUGUGGACCAACUUCCUGACCCCCCCGAAGGAGAACGGGUCAAGGAAAUUGGCUCAGAGUUCGAGAAGAAGAAGGAGGAGCUUAAGGAGGUGCAGGGCUUAGCCAAUCAGCUGUCAGAGGCUGGAGCCGCCAGUCUAGUGGAGCCCCGUCAGCUCCAGCUCAACACACGCUGGGUUGAGGUGGAGGGCAAGUUCAUUCCCUUCAAAAGACAAAGUGAGUACCUGACGGAGCUGCAGGUGUUGCUGCGUUCCGUGUCGGAGACGGACUUCCAGCUGAACUCUCCGGAAUACUGGCCUGCAGCCUAUUAUAACCUACCUCAGCAGGAGCUCUGCCUGAAGGAGGUGAAGGAGAACACCCAGAAGCUGCAGGGUCCGGUUGAGAGAGCUUUGGCCUUCAGAAAAGAGGUGGCGUCCGGCCCUCGGCCCCUGGAGGGCCAAAGAAUCCGGGAGACCGCCGCCCUCCUCAGUACUAACUGGGACAAACUGAAUAAACUCUACCAGGACAGACUGAAGCGGUGGCAGGACUGCAGCAGCAAGUGGCAGAAAUUUGCUUCAGAUCAGAAAACUCUGGAGGAAUGGCUGAGUAACGCUGAGAACGCCUUAAAACUAGCCGAGACCCAACCGGAAGUCCACAGACAGCAACUCAGGGACCUGACGGAGGCCAUACCCGUCCAGGAGGUGUUGCUGGCCAGAGUGAACGCUGCAGGGGAGGAGAUCAGCCACCUGAGCACACCAGACGAUGCUCUGCACCUCCGAUCACAGCUUAAAUCACUCAACGCUCGCUGGGCCAACGUAUGCCAACAGCUCAAGGAGCGCAGGAGAAGGUCUGCUGAGGCACGAACGGCAGCUGCUGAACUACAAGAGGAUAUGGGCUCAAUGCUGGGCUGGUUGGAUAAGGCAGAGGGGGUGCUGGCGAUUCCUCUGCAGCCAGCAGAGCCACAGCACAUCAGAAACACUCUGAGCAAAGUCCAGUCUCGUGUGGAGGAGAUUCCUGCAAAGAAGGCCGCCAUGGAGGAUCUGAACCUGAAACAUAAACAGAUGACUCGUCUAGCUGACAAAGAGAAAGACGUCAGGAUCAUCAACACUCGCUGGUCUCAGGUGUCCAAGGCUCUGCCUGAGCGUCAGCUGGAGCUUGAGGGUCUGCUGAAAGAGCUUUUGAAGCUUCAGGGACAGCUGGACGACCUGCACAUCUGGGCAUCAAACACCAGAACCAAGCUAGAGCACAGUCCAGGGGAAGCACCAUCGGGCCUCUUGGAAGAAGUUCAAGCCAAGCGGCUCGAAGUGGAGCUGGUUCUGGAGCGAGCCAGUCAGCUGUUCACGGACAUUCCUCCCGGCCACGCAGACAAUGUGAAGUACGUUAAACUGAGGGAAGACUGGAUGGUGAUCCUGGAGCUGCUGCGGCAGCAUGAAGAGAGGAUGGAAGCCCUGCUGAUGGCCAGAAAAGCCAAUGAAAGUCUGACAGGAAGUUCCCAGCCUGAAUCUGCGGCGCUGGCUCAGUUCAACAAAUCCUGGGCUGAGCUCACCGAUUGGCUGACCAUGCUGGAUAACAUGGUGCAGAACCGGCGAGUGGUGGUGGCCGACCUGGAUGACAUCAACGAAAACAUAAGCCAGCUCAAGGCAUCACUGCAGGAGCUUGAACAGCGUCGCCCCCUCCUGGAGAAACAAGUUACAGCAGCACAAAACCUGAAGAACAAAACCAGCAACCAGGAGACACGCAACGCCAUUACUGAGCGCAUUGACAGGCUUCAGACUCACUGGGAAGACUCCCAGACCAAGCUCUCUGACAGGACGAAGCAGCUUCUGAACAUGCUGCAGGACUCCACCAACUGGUUAGAUGCCAGAAAGGAGGUGGAUCAUGUCAUCAAACAGGCCAGUGACAGGCUGGAAUCAUGGCAGGAGAUCACGUACACUGUGGACGCUCUGAAGAAGCAGCACGCUGAUCUGAGGCUCUUUAUGAACGUGCUGAAGCAGUGGCAUGAGCAGGUGGCUGAAACUAAAGCCCUGGCCAACAAACUGCUGACACUGUACGCCAACGAUGACACACACAAGGUCACCCAAGUCAACGACAACAUGGUGGCAACAUGGAUGCACAUCAACCAGCGUGUUGCAGACCGGGAGACGGCUGUGGAAGCUGCUCUGAAGCUGCUGCAGCAGUUCUACCUGGACCUGGAGAAGUUCCUGAACUGGCUGACUGAGGCGGAGACCACCUGCAAUGUUUUAAUAGACACCACUAACAAGGAGAGACUGCAGGAGCAGCCUGAGGCCACCAGGAGUCUGCUGGCUCAGUGGGAGGAGCUCCAGGCGGAGGUCAAUAACCACACAGAGCUGUAUCACUCCCUGGAUGAGAACGGCCAGAGGAUCCUGACCUCGCUGGAGGACUCCGGGGACAGCGCCCUGCUGCAGAGACGGCUGGACAACAUGAGCCAGCGCUGGAACGACCUGCGCAACAAGACUCUCAGCAUGAGGUCCUACCUGGACUCGGAGAUGGCACCCUGGAAGAGGCUCCACAUGUCGCUGCAGGAGCUGUUAAACUGGCUGAGGCUUAAAGGUCAACAGCUGGAGCAGGAGCAGCCUGUAGGGGGCGACGUUCCCGCCGUGCAGACACAGCUGGACACACACAGAGGCUUCAAGAAGGACUUGAGAGCGAAGGAGCCGGCUGUCACCAAGGCUCUGGAUGAUGUGUCCAUCUUUCUGUCUGAGCUGCCUCCAGACUCACCGUCAGCGGAUCAGAGAGAUAUCAGUCCGGAGGAGCGUGCUCAGAACGUGGGGCGGGUCCUGCAGAAGGAAGCAGAUGAUGUGACCAUCAAAUGGGACCAGCUCAAAACCAACUCGGCCGCCUGGCAGAAGAGGCUGGAGCUGGCUCUGGACCGACUGAUGGAGCUGCAGGAGGCAGAAGACCUGCUGGACGCCCAGCUGAGGCAGGCAGAGAUGGUGAAGGAGUCCUGGGACCCAGUGGAGGAGCUGAUGGUCAACUCCCUGCCUGAACACAUUGAGAGAGUUAAGGAGUUCCAGGAAGAGAUCGCACCCAUUAAAGACGACGUCACACACAUGAACCAGCUGGCGUCUUCCUUUGAUCCCACUGACAUCCAGCUGUCGCCUAGCAACCUGGAGCGCAUCGAAGAUCUCAACGCCCGCUGGAGGAUGCUCCAAAUUUCCGUGAAGGAGCAUCUGAAGCAGCUGACAGACGCUCACAGGGACUUUGGCCUGCAUGGUUCCGUAGAAAGUCCCUUCGAGCAGGGCGUCUCUCCAAACAACGUCCCGUAUUACAUCAACCACCAGACCCAGACGACAUGCUGGGACCAUCCCAAGAUGGCCGAGCUCUACCAAUCUCUGGCCGACCUGAACAACGUUCGCUUCUCAGCCUACCGCACAGCCAUGAAGCUCCGACGUCUGCAGAAAGCUCUGUGCUUGGACUUGCUGAGCAUGCCGGUGGCGUGUGAGGUGUUUGACCAGCACAGUUUGAAGCAGAACGAGCAGCUACUGGACAUCUCUCAGCUGGUCACCUGUCUGACCAGCCUGUACCAGCGGCUGGAGCAGAACCACGCCCACCUGGUCAACGUCCCGCUGUGCGUGGACAUGUGUCUCAACUGGCUGCUUAAUGUCUACGACACUGGACGGACUGGAAAAAUCCGGACCCUGUCAUUCAAAACUGGAAUCAUCUCACUCUGCAAGGCUCACUUGGAAGAUAAAUACAGAUUCUUCUUCCGGCAGGUCGCCAGUGCAACAGGCUUCUGUGACCAGCGCCGCUUAGGCCUUCUGCUCCACGACUCCAUCCAGAUUCCUCGGCAGCUCGGCGAGGUCGCGUCCUUCGGCGGCUCAAAUAUUGAACCCUCCGUCCGCAGCUGCUUCCAGUUUGCCAAUAACAAACCUGAGCUGGAGGCUGCUGUGUUCCUGGACUGGAUGCGUCUGGAACCCCAGUCCAUGGUGUGGUUACCCGUCCUGCACCGGGUUGCAGCUGCCGAAACAGCCAAGCACCAAGCCAAAUGUAACAUCUGCAAAGAGUGUCCCAUCAUAGGAUUUAGAUAUCGGAGCCUGAAGCAUUUCAACUAUGACGUUUGCCAAAGCUGCUUCUUCUCUGGUCGCAUUGCGAAGGGACACAAGAUGCAGUACCCCAUGGUGGAGUACUGCACUCCGACUACUUCAGGGGAGGAUGUCAGAGAUUUUGCCAAGGUGCUGAAGAACAAGUUCCGAACCAAGCGAUACUUUGCCAAACAUCCACGCAUGGGAUACCUGCCUGUCCAGACCAUCCUGGAGGGAGACAACAUGGAAACUCCUGUCACGCUGAUAAACUUCUGGCCCGUGGACCAUGCGCCUGGAUCGUCCCCUCAGCUCUCACAUGAUGACACACACACUCGGAUCGAGCACUACGCUAACAGGUUGGCAGAAAUGGAGAAUCGUAAUGGCUCUUAUCUGAAUGAAAGUAUCUCCCCAAAUGAGAGCAUUGAUGACGAGCACAUGCUGAUCCAGCACUACUGCCAGUCCCUGAACCAAGGCUCUCCUCUCAGUCAGCCCCGCAGCCCCGCCCAGAUCCUCAUCUCCAUGGAAACAGAGGAGAAGGGCGAGCUGGAGAGGGUCCUCAAUGACCUGGAGCAGGAGAACAGGAAGCUGCAGGCCGAGUACGACCGGCUGAAGAAGGCCCACGACAGAAAGGGUUUGUCCCCUUUGCCUUCGCCCCCCGAGAUGCUUCCGAUGUCGCCGCAGAGCGCACGAGACGCCGAGCUCAUUGCGGAGGCCAAGCUGCUGCGGCAACACAAAGGCCGUUUGGAGGCUCGCAUGCAGAUACUGGAAGAUCACAACAAACAGCUGGAGUCCCAGCUGCACAGGCUGAGACAGCUGCUGGAGCAGACGGACUCCAAGGUGAACGGCACAGCGCUGUCCUCCCCCUCCACCUCGUCGCAGCGCUCCGACUCCUCCCUACCUCUUCUCCGUGUGGCUGCCAGCCAGACCACGGACACCAUGGGUGACGAUGAGCUGUCCAGUCCUUCCCAGGACACUUCAGGGCUGGAGGAAGUGAUGGAGCAGCUCAACAACACUUUUCCACACAGCCAGGGUCCCAGCAUCAGCAGCUUGUUCCACAUGGCGGACGAUCUGGGCCGCGCCGUGGAGUCGCUGGUCAGCGCCAUGACCGACGAGCACCGUCAACGCCCCCCACCCCUCUGACCCCGCCCUUCCUACAUAUAUAUCGCAUGCUUUUCUAGUCAAAACAACUGGAUUGAAAACAGUUUACAAAGAGAAUAUAACGACUAUUUUUGUGAAGAAUCGUCGUUCCGGCAGCGAGAACAAAAACAAGUAUAUGAUAGUUAGAUUUGAGUAGUUUCUUAAAAUGUCCUGCAGUCGUUUCCUUGGUAACAGGCUGGUUUUCAAACUUCUAUGCAAUUGUAUAAAACGAAGAGUCUGAACGAGGAGGAGAUGCGAGCGAGUCUGUGUCAUUUCUUUGCUACGUCUUUUUAAUCUGGAAACAGCUGACGCAUUUCUGACAUUUGUAUCCUACUAAUGAUUGUAAUCACCAGGAAGUUUUCUUAGAGGAUGUCGUCUUUGUGUGUCCGAGUGUAUGUGUGAGUGGUGCCUAAUAACCUGUUUUCUUUGGGGGGCAGACCUCAGAUUAAUGUUUUCAUUCAUCCGUCCAUCCAGACGUUUCCCUCUUUGUGUGCAAACGGACCGUCCACCCAGAACCGAGACAAGUCCAGACCUUACAGGGAAACCAUUUGAUCGAUUUCUACCAGUUUGUAAAGAAAAGCCGUUUGAAACCCGCCGCCUGCCAGCGUUAUGCCCGUUCCCGCCGUCCAUGUCGGAGUCUAUGAAAGAGUGAAAGUAGAAAUAAAAGUCCACCGCAGGGUGGAGCAGACGGGUUGCAGCGCGUCUCCACGCCUCCGUCAGCGACAGGCUGGAGCGAGAUCAGCUUUUACGCUGCAGGCCUGAAACAGCCCCUCCUGGUUUGUCCUGCCGGUACUUUCUGUGGACUUUUAUUUAAAUUCUGCAGAGAAUCGUCGUUGCUUGGCUGCGUCGGUAUUUAUGGUGAAGCAAAGGGAUCGUCGUCGGGUCUGCAGCAGGCAGACAAACAGGAAAACUUGCACUGAUACUUGUUCUGGGUCUUGUGGUGUUGGGAGGCUGUUUCCAUGCUCUUCUGUGGGGCUUGUUGAGUUCACACCUGGGUUUACCAGCGGUACUGGAGGAGUUGCUGGUUAGUGUCUAAGUGCCGCAGCGUUGCGAGGCUGAUGCUUUCAGAUGGGGAUGAAACAGCUUCAACUAGGAAAUAUUAGCUUUUUAGGUUGAGGAGGUGAGCUCUACCUCAUGAGAAUUCUGGUAGUUAUGAGGCGGUUUUCUCCACUGAUAUCGGCUCCAUAGAUGGUUAACACCUGCUGGCUGAUUGGCUCACACCCGUCGUGUCUUCGCUGAGGCGAAACGUUGGAAACUGUCAGGACUUGAAAUGAGAGCGAAGCGUGGGUCAGGUCGGUGCCCUGCUGUGUAACCUGGAACAUGCUCGUCUGUUUUCAUGUGUGGGGAAGCGUCUUUGGUUAAAAGUCUUUUUUCUGUGUGAGAUGCUCCAAUAAUCGCAUGUGUGAUUAAACGACAAAUAUUUUUAUUCAUUUUCCAUGAAGAUGGGUCUGUUUCUGGAUUUAGAUUCUUUUCAGUCCAGAUCUAGAAGCUGGUUUGAUUUCUUUAACUUUGGAUUUCUAACAUUUGUUUAUCAUUCUAACAUCAUUUUUGAAAUAACACGUCUGUACUUCACGACAUAUCAGAUUCCACCAGAUGUUUGCCUUACUACUGUAAUAUAAAAUGCUUUACUGUAUAUCAAUAAAGCACGCAGUCAUGUUGAA